AGAGGCUGGAGAGCUUAUAAUGUAACAGAGAAGGUGAAAAUGAAAGAUGAAGAAGUUAAGAAAGCGGUUCAGAGCGACGAAGAUGCAAAAACCGCCGAAAACGGCGAAGUAGUGGACAUGGACAGAGAUGCUACGCACGCGGUGAACGCUAAUGGUAAAAGCCGAACUAAACCUCAUCGUAAACGGCGAGGUUCUACUUCGCCGGAAGAGGAUAUUAUCGACGGAUUUGCCAUUUCUUCGUACUCGUCUUUGGAGGCAUUGGAGGUAAGAAGAAAUGUUAAUUAUUUGCGGCCUUCUUUAUCAAUCUAUUAACAGUAGCAGGUCGGUCAAAUGCUCCUCUCUCACACUUCUUUGCGACGAGUCAAACUACUGUAACGAGCAAAGUAGGAACCGCUCAGUUAAAGGAAAUUUUAAUGGUGCCAUGCGAAAGAGAGUUGUUUGGGUAGUAUUGGAUACGAUUGAUUCGUUCUGUUGUUUUGAAAAUGCUCAUCCUUUAACCAUUUUGUGUACAGAGGGCGGCCAAGAAUGGAGAUCGUACAAUGUUUACUUUUCGCAACAAUUCACUCGAGCUUUCAGCCUCAAGAACUACUUCCUACAAUGAUAAAUGUCAGAUAUUCGAUUGAUCUGUAAUUUCGAAAUAGAAGCCUAAUUUGGUAGAUUUUCAAACAGGAUUACAAAUCGAGGCUCUUUCAGAGGUUGUUCGCCGCGAUCUCGCACAUCCGAGUGGUCAGAAACUUGUCUUUCAACGACCUUAUUCUGUCUUCGUGCCGAAUUUUGAGAGGUGGUCCUUUUCGAGAGAUUUUCAAGGAGAUAUCAACGCUAAAUAUAUAAAAGCUACGCAUGAACAACUUCCUACGUGUUGUAGUCGUCUCGGUAUCAUUGUUUCCAAGUGAUACUUAGAGUUGUAAUUUAGCGAGUAAACCUCGAGGAGACCACAAAUGAUUCUCGAUAGCCCAAGGAGGCCAUUUUUGCGUGUCAGGAAAAAAGUGUGCGUAAAUUGCAGAGUGCCUUAUCUGCUAAAACAUGGUUGAUCGACCCUUUCGUUCGCUGUACAUAGCUUGUUUCCUUCCGGGGUGCUUUAUAAAGCCACGAAAGCUGUGCAUCUGCAAUUUGCUUUCAAGCUGCGCGAAGCUAACGGCGCUGGAUGUUUUGACCACAGCUUAGAAAUUAAGAAUGUUGUCGGGCGCUUGAGUGAUAAACCUUAAAAAUCGGCAGCGAAGGGAUAUAUGUACGUUUUUAUUACAGACAAAUAUCUUGAGUGCAUAUUCAAUCGGUUACUCGAAUGAAAAGUGGCUUUCGAACCCUCUUUAAAUUUUCAGUGCUGGUGAAAACAUCUUGCCCUAAGGAGUAUUAAAUAUUCAGCGAUUAAAAUAGGACCGAUCAAGCCAAACUCUCGCAGAUGAUUGGAUUAAGUUAUUAACAAACAUUCCACCCUUGUUAGCUAUAGCUUUGUUAGCUUCACCUCAUAGCCGUGUUAUUUUUAUGUUUAAAUUUUUCUUGCCCAUCAUGGCCUUUUGCCAGGCUUCAAAGAUCCACACUUUGAAAAAAUACUCAAAGCGAUCGAUUGCUAUUCAUGAGAUCUCUGAAUCUGAAAGAGCUUGUUUUUAUACACAUUAAAAAUGUUCCCACCUCGUUCGCACUUAUUCCUUAACUUUUCUUCGCAUAUGCCUUUUGUUAGAAGAAGCAUCAACGAAACUAAAAUUCGGUUAUUUGAUAAUUCGGAGUGGAACUGAAAUCAUUAGUUUAUAUUUGAAAAUGUUUAUUCCUCGAGAGAUCGAGCUUACACAGGGAUGUUUUUAUCAAUGGUUUGUCGAUUCGGACUGCAAAUCUCAACAACUGCGUUCUCUUCUUGUUAACUCAGCUUUGUUUAAUUUUGUACCUUUUUGCCACUAGUGUGUGUUUUAAUUCCCCAGAGGACCUUCCUUGUUUGUAGAAAGAACAAUAUCUUAAGGUUCCAGACCAAUAUACCUGUCUUUCUGUCGAGAGAUGUUGAGUGCAUCCCUUGGAAGCCUAUUUUUGAAAGUACUGAGUCAAUACUCUGUUUCUGUGGCAAUCUCUUGAGCCUCAAAGCAUGUGAAUGCUUCCAGGCACAAGUUAUUUGAUAGAUUGAUGCCUUUGUCCAUUUGACAGGCCUGCUAAAAUUAAAAGAAAUAUUUUUGUCUGUGUUACAAAUUGUGCAUGGGGAAUUUUUUGUUCAAUAUCGCCGAGUCUUGAUGAAAACUUGAAACACUAUCAGCUGAAGUGCUUUGGAUAUAAGUAUAAACUUUAAAUUUUAUGUUCUCUAUUUGUUCCAGGUUUAUACUUAAAUCUCAAUUCUUAACCUUUUCUGUUACAAGAUUUAAAAUCUAGUGAUUCUCUGUGAGCACCAUUAUAUUUAAUUACAAGUGAAAUUUACAUUUUUAGGUACAGUGCUUUUAAAAUGUCUUUUCCAUGUUUUAAAUGGUUUUCGGUUCUAAUCAAUAUGAAUUAUUCUUGUGAAGGCUUCUAUGUCAUCCGUCAUGGUGGGCAUUUACACCGAGAUGGAAUGCCUUUAGAGACUGUGUGAGAGUUUAAAAGUCCUGGUGUGGUUUUCUAUCACAUUUAUUUCAGAAAAUGUUGAACCCUGAUCAGAUAUAUACAUAUAUAUAUCUAAACAUUAAAUAACAGAAUUUUCAGCAUAAGUAACUUUUUACUCCCAUAUCAAACUUGUGAAAUAGCCAAAUUCAAAGUUUCCUUUUUCAGUACAAGCUGGGAAACAAUCCAGGCUUAUGCUAGCCAGUCAGUGCUCUCCAGUUGUUUGGUUUCGCCAAGUAUCUUGUCACAGUGUGGUAAAUCUUAGGUCAAAGUAAUAAUUAUUACAAUAGUUUAAUCAUUAUUUCUGUUUUCCUUUGUUCCAGACCUCUUACCAUACUCUGAGGCAAAAAAUGAAAAUCAGUUACCUAACUAGUAGUUAAAAAUAAUUUCAACCUGGAAUUCAUUUAAAAUUAUUGAAGUGUAAGCUGAGGUCAAGGAAAAUGUCAAAAUAAUAAAACAGUUUUAUUUCUAUGUUUCUUCCAGACUUUUUAGCAGAAUCUGGGGUCAAAAAUAAGAAAAGAAAACCAAACUUGUUAAAAAUCUUUUCAACUUUGUAUUCAGUGCAUAUUACAUUUCCAAGCACUAUUAAUUCAAUUAUUAAUUAAAGACCAGGAAUUUCCUGACCCUAGCAUAUGCUUUAAUAAUGUUAAUAAUACUGUCAAUGAACAAAAUGGUGUUGAAAUUUUUUCAGAUAGUUUAUUUACCAAUGUAUAAAUCUGUACUGUAUUUAUGGUUAUUUUUGUCAGUCACGAGGCCCAAGCAAACCAGAGCUUCAUGGAGAUACAAGGCGAUCACACAAGAGCUCAAAGCGAGGCUUAGAAAAUGGCAUAAAUGGAAAGAAAAGAAAGUCUGAGAAGCGCCGUGCAAGGGUAAGAGGUCUUCAGAUUUCAUCACAUGUACAUCUAUUGUUGAAAAAUUACUUAUCUUAUGAGCUGGUGAAGGUACAUUAAGUUUAUGACUUUUCAAAAUACUGACUGUCAAAUCUAACACGUCUGUGAGAAUAAGACUACUGCUUUCCAGCUGCCAACUAUUACCAGAAACAUCAUGCUAAGUUUGUCAAUCUAAAGAAUUGGGCAAACCUGAGUAAUUAAACCAGUUAGAACUCAAAUUAUGCAUGAAUAUUUAUAACAGCCUUUCUUUGUGAUAAGGAGAGGUGAUUUUUCAAAAGUGGUUCCCUGGAAGGUGUAGGACAAUCUUCUAUGUUUUAUGUGCUUAGAGUUGCAUUUUUAGUUAAACUAUUGUCAUAUUUUGCCUUCUUGUCGUGGAAACCUGUGAUUGUUUUUUUUAUUAGCAGCUCAAUGAAAAGAAGUUAUAUAGUGUUGGUUACCAGUUAUUUUGUUUACCUUUUCAUUUAAAUUUAGUUUUGAGAGUGGGUAGAUCUAUUGGUGAGGCGAAAAGAAACAAAUUAUAUAAGCUGAUUUGUGAACUUAAUUGAUUAUUGCAAAUAACUCUGUGAAUAAUAACGAGCGAAAGAAAGUUUUAAUGGAUGUAUGCUCAUGGUUUUGUCUAAUGCUGUAUUCUGGAAGUGAAAGAUGAAAAAAAAAGGUAAUUUUGAUGCAAUGUUUUGGUUUUGUUUGUAUUUCCAGAUUGAAUUGUAACAUGAUUCUGGUGUGUGUGUGUUUUUUUGUAAUAUGUGUGUAUCUGUGCUCACUUUUACAUUGCAUGGUUUUUUAAUCAUUCAAGUGGUUUUCAUUCCUUUGCCUGCCAAAAACUUAAAAUAUAUAUACAUAUAUCUAUAAAUAUAUGUUGAAUUUUUGUCUUACAAUUGAGACACAGAAAGAAUUCUGCACCACUUGAAAUGUUGUUCUACUUUUUGUACUUGAAUGUUGAAAUUUGGCCUUGAGACUUUGUCUUGUUGUAUUUAGAAUUUAAGUUAAGUUAUUUAGGGACUUAAAGAUGUGAGCAACUGUUGUGGUUUAUUGUUGUUUUGGCUUUCUGAAUUUGGUGUUAGCAUUUAGAUAUUCAUAUGUGUGUUUGUACCAACCUUUAAUGUCAUUUAUUUAAAAAAAUUUAUAAACAUGACUUAAGAUCACCAGGGUCCAACCAGAAAACCCUUAAAUUAAACAUUUUUCCUUUUUUAUGGCUGCUGUGCAUCAGACAUUAAAAGUAUAGCAAUGGUGUCGCGGGUACAUUUUUGACAUGUACAUAGUAUGUUGUAGCAAGGGAACUUGUAUAAAGACAUGCUAAUUUUUCUACAGUUCAUGGACAUUUUAGAGUACAGAACAGGGAGUUAUUAAGGAUCACCUGUACAGCCAAAAUGUUAUAAAUCCCUCAAAAGUUGACAUGUUGUGGCUAAUUUUUAUCUUUGAUUUAAAUUUUAUUAUUUUUUUGUUUCAAACUCAUUAGCAUACACUACCAUUCCCAUAGACAAAGGAAAAUAAUAGAAUUUAAACCAAGGAAAAAAUUGAAGCACAACUUAUACAUUGCAUUUUAUUUCUAUUCAUGUA